GAGGCGGCGGCCGAGCCAGAGGCGGCGGCGGCGGAGGCGGCGGCGCUGGGGGGGGUGGGAGGGGGGGGAGCGCGCGAGGGCGUGAGUGGCCGAGUGAGUUGAGCCCGAUGAGGCGCUGAGAGGCCCCGGGCCUACCUCCGAGGAGCGGGGUCGCGGCGCCGGCCGAGCAGCGGGCCCCCUCCCGGCCCUCCCGCGCCUCCCGCUUCCCCGGGCCCGGCGGCGGCGGCGGCGGCGCGGCGCGGCGCUGAGGAGGCGGGGGAGCGAGUGUCCGGUCCCAGCCAUGGAGGGCAUGGACGUGGACCUGGACCCGGAGCUGAUGCAGAAGUUCAGCUGCCUGGGCACCACCGACAAGGACGUGCUCAUCUCCGAGUUCCAGCGGCUGCUCGGCUUCCAGCUCAACCCGGCCGGCUGCGCCUUCUUCCUGGACAUGACCAACUGGAACCUCCAAGCAGCUAUUGGCGCCUAUUAUGACUUCGAGAGCCCCAACAUCAGCGUGCCCUCCAUGUCCUUUGUCGAAGACGUCACCAUCGGAGAAGGGGAGUCGAUCCCUCCUGACACUCAGUUCAUAAAAACAUGGCGGAUCCAGAAUUCUGGGGCAGAGGCGUGGCCUCCAGGGGUUUGUCUUAAGUAUGUCGGGGGAGACCAGUUUGGACAUGUGAACAUGGUGAUGGUGAGAUCGCUAGAGCCCCAGGAGAUCGCAGAUGUCAGCGUGCAGAUGUGCAGCCCCAGCAGAGCAGGAAUGUAUCAGGGACAGUGGCGGAUGUGUACGGCUACGGGACUCUACUACGGAGAUGUCAUCUGGGUGAUUCUCAGUGUGGAGGUGGGUGGACUUUUAGGAGUAACGCAGCAGCUGUCGUCAUUUGAAACGGAGUUCAACACACAGCCACACCGCAAGGUAGAAGGAAACUUCAACCCGUUUGCCUCUCCCCAAAAGAACCGACAAUCAGAUGAAAACAACCUAAAAGACCCUGGGGGUUCCGGGUUCGACUCGAUCAGCAAAAACACAUGGGCUCCUGCUCCCGACCAAACCGAGCAAGAUGAGAAUAGACUCUCUCAGAACUCUGUAAACCUGUCCCCCAGCAGUCACGCAAACAACUUAUCAGUAGUGACUUACAGUAAGGGGCUCCACGGGCCUUACCCCUUCGGCCAGUCUUAAACCAGUGUCAGCAAGAAGGAAACUUAACACGAGACAGAAGGCCUGACUGCGGGGGGUGGGGGUGGGGAGGAGGGCGCGGGGCUCCUCUGGACCGCAGAAACCACGCACGCCACGGACCCCGGGCUCCGAGCCCCUCACCCCCUCCGCCAGAAGAAGAGGAAGAAGAACAGACUAGUUUUGAGUAAACGCAGUGUGCAUGUGUGAGUGCCGAGCGCAGGGAAUGGUGCGAGGCGCCCGGGCUCGCCCGCCGGGCCCCUUGGGAGGAGAGUGGGUGCUGGGGACAGGGGGAAGUAAGCCAUCUUUCUGGACACAAGCCGUUCCGCCCACCCACCGACCGCUGGUCGCUCUGGGCACGGGUUCGUUCCUCUGCCCAGCCCCUGGCCCACUGUUGUUCUGCUGGCCGCGGGGUCACAGACGCCUCGGAGGCUCGGGCGGGCGGGCGGGCGGACGCUGCGUGCCACGUGACUCGCGAUGCCUGUGACCCCAUUUGUUUUUCAUGGCAUCGGCCAAUGAGUUAUCGCCCCUGGCUUCCUCUUUCCCCUCUAAUCUCCUGUUGAUUUACACCCUUGACAUUUGUAUUCGUCAGCCCUGUGGCUCGUUCCCCUCCGCACCUCUCCGAAGACCAAACUUCCCUGUGAGGACAGGGGCUGGGGUGACGCAGGGCCCCUGGGUGCUGGGCGUGCGCGGGGGGGGCCCUGCUUCUCGUCCCCGCUUCCGCCCGCUGUGCUUUGUGGUGUUUCCACGGCCUGUUCUGGAAGUUGAACCGUGGAAGGGAUGAAAAUACAGCCCCGGGGGGGCGGGGGUUGGCCAAGGCCGCCGACUCCUGAUCUUGGAGACCACAUAGAGAUGGACCCCCACCCUGAACGGAUGCCAUCGGGGCAGGGGUCACCGCCCCCCCCCCCC